AUGAAGCACGAACUGCCUGCUGUGAAGGAGCCUAAUGAUGAGAAAUAUGUGAGCCAACCUAGCACUGAGAGCCAGCCACUGAGGGAGCACGAGAUGGGCGCUGCGAAGCCACCAAAUGCUGCGAACGAUGAGAAAAUGCUGAGUGGUGGGAAUGAUCCGAGCGGUGCAAAGCCGCAGAGCGAUGGGAGUCAGCCAUCGAUGGCGCCCCUGAUGGCGCACGAGAGCUCUGAGGCAAAGGGGCAGGCGAAUGGUGAGACCUCGCAGCAGCAGAAGCUGAAGCUUGAGCAGCCGAGUGCCGGGAAAAUAUUGAGCGAGGGCUCAGAGCACGAGGACUGGCCACAGAAGCCAUCUGCACCGCGCCCGCUGAACUUUGAGCAGCAGCUAAUUUUUGAGAAGAAUGCACAUCAUCGUGGUCGCCCGUCAGAUGGGGAAUAA